AGAUAAGUGGCUUAAGGUUUGUUAUUCUGAAUAAAUGGAAGGCAGAUAGACCAAAGUGACUGUGAUUAGCCCAACUAUAAAAAUGGAUGAAACUGAAGAGCCCUACUCUGAAAUUGAUAGAUCCUGCAUUCGCUCUCAGUGCAAAUGUCUGUGUGGUGGAGGUGCAUGUCGGCUCUGCUGCCACUGGUGUCCCAGUGUCCGGGAGUCCACAAGUACUCGAGCUUCCUAUAUCUUCUUCCUGGUCCUCUCCAUUGGUGUCAUGAUCAUCAUGAUGUCAGACACUGUCCAAAAAUAUGUCAUGGACAAGGUAAUGAACCGUAACGCCGUGUGCUCCUACAUUGGUGCUGGAGAGAAGUGCGAGCAGGUGUUGGGCUACAUGGCUGUGUAUAGGCUGGGGCUGGCCAUCAUGCUCUACCAUUUGCUGCUGGCUGCCCUCAGCUUCCGUGUGAAGGAGAGCCGAGGUUGCCGGGCUGCCAUACACAACGGCAUGUGGUUCUACAAAGUCAUGCUCAUGCUUGGCCUGAUUGUGGCGAUCUUUAUCAUCCCCGACCCAUACGAAUACUUCAUAAGAGUAUGGAUGUAUGUGGCGAUGGUUGGCGCCGGCCUCUUCAUUAUAAUCCAGAUGAUUUUGCUGGUGUUCAUGGUUCAUGGCUGGGCUGACACCAUCGUCAGGAGGGUCAAUGAUGGAGGCUCUCCCUGCUGCUGGUAUGGAGUUGUGAUGGCGGGUGCGACGAUGUCUUCAUACGGUGCGUGUGUGGGAGCCACGGCUCUGCUCUACUACUACUUCGCCUGGGACCGCAACUGCCAUAAGAACCAAUGGUUUAUCCUCGUCAACUUCGGGGCGUGUGUCGUCGUCUCCGUUGUGGCUGCCUGCCGUAGAGGCAAAAACACGCUGGGGGUGCGGCUGUUCCAGUCGUCGAUGAUCUGCCUGUAUGUGCACUACCUCACGUGGAACGCCCUCAGCAGCGCCCCCCGCAGCUUCCAGGCUGACAUCGCUGCGCCAAUUAUUGGUUCAAGCAAGUGGCCUUCAAGUUUCAACACACACAGCUUUCAUCAGCGCUUUUACUGCGGCCCUGGUAAGGAUGAAAUGAUGUGGACGGAUGCUGUGAUGCCAUACAUCAGCGUGAUCAUCAUGAUCGUUACUGUGGUGAGCGGCAGUAUCGGCACCUCUGGACCUGACAACUGCAAUGCUUUGAAAUUUCCUGACUGCCCAAUCACUGGUCGACCUCAGCAACCUCCCGCGGACGACACAGGCGGCCAAAAACUAAUCAGGAAUGAAAAGUUCGGUGUUGCCUACAGCUAUCCACUGUUCCACAUAAUGCUUGCGUUAGCCACUCUCUUUAUGAUGAUGAGUCUCACAGGCUGGUACACGCCUCAGAAAGCCAAUCUCGUAACAUUUGGUCGCUCGUGGUCUUCAGUUUGGAUCAAGAUGGCUUCAUCGUGGUUAUGCUUACUGAUCUACCUUUUCUCGACGCUAUUCCCGUCAAUUGUUCCCAAGCGAUAUCAACCCUUGCUUGAGGUAACCCAGGCCGUAGCUCUCAGCAGGGCCCCCAGCCGCGUGAGCUGCUACAGCGCUGGUGGGUACCCGCUCAACGGCAGCACCCGCAGCAUCGGACGUGGCUACUUUGGCAGCAGCGUCAGCCUGAGCGUUUCAGAGCGACUUCGACGCUACAGUCAGAGCAGUCAGUACGCCAGCCAUCAGAGCUCCAUAGACGCCGUGCCUCUCACCCCCAGUGAGCGUCCGCCCACCAUCGUUUGUCACCAGGAGACCACCGUGUAGCGCGUGGUUCUCUGCUUUGCAUCGGAAAGAGAGUUUUACUCGUCAUGUUGUUUUGUGCCGCACCGUAAAUGUUGCAAUUAUCAACCGUCACAAUUUUGCACCGUCCUUUAUGUACCGUCAACUCUACUCCGUCCAUGUUGCAUCUUUGUGCACUUAAGUAUCAACCUUCACAGAUUUUUUUCUAAAAAUGUGUAAUAUUCACUCUCGGUUAAUUUAUCGUAAUGGAAUUUUAAUUAAUUAUAAUUCUUGUAGAAUUACGUACAAUUUUCCUCGAUUUUUAGUUUCAGGUGCAACCCUCUACUGUUGAAUCUCAAUUGCCCUGUGUGAACUAUAUAUUUACAGUUGUGUUAAAACAUGUAUGCAGCCAAUAUAUGUCUACUGCAUUUACAUCUGCAACUAUUACGUAUCUCAGUUUUACUCCGUCCAAGCAUGUAUCUUUAAGACUUCGAUUUGCAUCAGUCUAUGAGGCAGCUUUUUUAUCGUAGUUGUGGCCUGAUAUUCGUACGCUGAGUAUCUCGUAACUAAUAAAGUAGCUGUUAAAUUGUUGUUUGCUUGCUAAUCCGUGCCUUAAUCAUGCCCUCAUCUUUCUUGUGUCAAGAUUUUCUCUGCACAACUAGCUGUAGGUUGCCUUGCUCUCGCUCUAUACUUGUUCUGCCACUCCUGCAUAAAUUAUUUUUACGUAAGUUUAUUAAUAUUGUCAUUUUGCAGAGGAUAUUUAUUUUAGACCAUUUUUCAGAGUAGCAGCAUUGCUCUAGCAAGUAGCAGCGUUUUUCUAGCAUUACGCUUACAUCCUCAUUCAUGUCGAUGGUUUAUCCUACAGAUCAGUGAGAUACCGUACAGCUGGUUUUAUGUGGCAUCAUCGAAACGUGUAGGGAUAUUGUGCAUGGCAUUUGGUGGUCAUGGGCAAGUACCACCUCUUAUUUCCAAAAACCUCUCCUCUGCUGAGAUCUGAUCCGUCCAAUCCUAGGGUUAAUGUUAAAUUCGGUUAAAGUUUAUCGUGUUUCUUGAUGGUGCCGAUGCCUUAGAAAUUUUAUAUUUAAGUAAAAAGGAGAAUUGUUUACUAAUUUUCCAUGCAAUCCGGAGCAACUUGAUCUAUUUUUAAGAACUCUAACACGUGAUUAAACUCACAGAAAUGAUACCUUUAUUAUGAGCAUAUUUUUAAACUAGCUAAUAAGAGCUUUAAGUCAGUGUUCCCUUGGUGCAGUUAGGCUGCUCUCGCACACUCUAAUAUAUUGAACAUUUGUUCUACGUUUGCGGUUAAUGAGCUUCUAAAAUUGUUGUAAUUUAUGAUAUAAAUUGCCUCUAGCAAAACCAUACUGAAAUGGACUUGAAUAUAAGUUAUGUAAGCAUAGAUCUAUGUUUAGCUUCUGAAUCGUUUGCAUGUUUAUCAACUAUGAAUUUGAGGAGUUUUUUUGGAACCCAGGAUUGAAUAAUAUUUCAUUCAGAAGUUAAUAAGGCAGAAUCUCUUCUUGAAUAUUAUUAGUGUACAGCCGAGAUGUUUUGUUUAACGAUCGUCCUAUGGAGACUCAGCCUAACAAUUUAAGGAUACAAAUAUGAACUCAAAUUUUACUUGAAAAAUUGGGAAACUAAAAUUCAUUUGAGUUUAGUUUCCCAAAAUGAUUGUUGACACGCAAAUCAAUUAGAUAUAUGAGACGUAACAACAACAAUAAUGCGUUGCCAUCUAAUAUAUUUCUGGCUUCUGUGUGCCACGGUUGUUCAUGAAAAAAAACGAAUUUUCCUCUUAAUUGUUAACGCUCAAGUUUUGUUGUUCUGUCACGAUAUAUAAUCAAAUUCUAUAGUGUAAAUUCCUGCCAGGGGUUUGCAUUGAUUUUUGUGACCCAUUUCCACACAUUAUUCUUAGCACAUAUGUAAAGCUUGUGUUGUAUCGCACUUUUUAAAAUCUUUAUUUUAGUCGCCUUACUAGGUCUGCAAAAUGUGCAUGGAAAAUUCCUUAAUUUCGUAGCGAUGACUCAUUAUUGCUAUAAUCGGCAACUUCUCGUGUGCAAUAAAUAAAUGUUGACAAAAAUGUCGGAUCUCUUCCUCGCAUAUUUGAGCAAUCGAUCUGUGAUUGCCAUUAUAAAAGCAUGAAAGUUUUACCGCAUGUGAUGUUCCGUCCUAAAUAAAUAAUUCCGAUAAACUAAAUGUUAAUUAAUUUUUGAGAAUCUCAGGGCAAUCAACCGAUCAAAUUAAUGAAUGAAUAUUAAUGAAUUUUUUCGUAUUUUCUCAGUACAAAUAUUUUGUGAAGGUUUUAUCUCAUUAGAGUAUGAAUGUUGUACGAUUAUGUAGGUUGACUUGCAGUAGCGCUGGUACUGUACAAUUUAUACUGUGACAAGUGACUAAAUGAUUACCGCGUGCCAUAGGAAAUGAGCCAGCGUUGUUUCAUCGAGUAGGAAUCAAUCAGGAUACUAGAAAUCCUUCACAGACAUCUUACCCGUCAGGAAAGAGAAGUCAAGUAGCACCGCAUCCCCUGCAGCAGGAGAGUCACGAAGGACUCGCUCCUCCACCAAAGGUUCCUCCACAAGCAUUCGGCGUCGCGCCUCCGCAUGCCGACGCUGCGCCUAUGGUCGAAUGGGUCAACACGGACGCCUGUUGCUGCUGAGUCCUCAGCUGUCUUCAUUCUUACCAUCUUUUAAUGAAGCCUGGCUUUUCCUAUGACUUGAUGUGAUUUUAUGAGUACAGUUUCUAUUGCAGCUGCGAGGGCAUGCGUUUCCGUCCAAAAAGUCUGUGCUUGCUUCAGCUCAAUGGCAGCUUCGUCACAGUUCUUGCUUUCACCCUGCAGACAUCCUGGGCUCCAGCUAACGGCUGCGCAUCGUGUUUUAUUCUCUAUACUACCCGUCUGUCUACCGACGGGUGAUUGAGUUCUUCAGAAGACCUAUGAUAUUUUGUAUGGUCUGGUAUCAGAAUGAGGGUCAAAGUUGUGGGUUACUACGUCAGAAAUGAACAUUGCAUUUCUCUUUCUGUACCUCUUACGGCGGCUAAUGAUUACCUCUGUCGGUUACGCAUCAAUAUUCGGGCAGAAAUGGUUUAUUUUAAGCUCUUGAUCUCAUAUCCUUGGUACUUUUUUGUCUUCCAAAUGCUCGAGUUUAAUUUCGAGUGUACAUUUUUACACCAUUCCCAUAACUCCCCGCGUUCCAUGUAUAGGCUUCGGAAAGAUUUGAAGCUCUGAGCGCGCGUUUGGCGGUUGAUUUUUCAAGUGAAUAAAUUAUUUUUGGAAACAAAAAUAUUUUUAUUAUGUCAAUGCAGUGUAUACUUCACGAACACGCCUCGUAACAUUAUUUGUAUUCCUUACUGACAUAUUCCUUGUUCGUUUGGCUGUUAGGUCACUUGGUCCUUAUUGUAUAAGAAGAGCACGCACUGUCCUUACUUUAUUAGAUGUAUAUGGACAUUGUGGUUAGAAUGCGAGAUUGUUGUAGACAUUGUUCUUUUCAGCAGACAUAUUGUCAUCGUUCUUUUGCUUGGUUGUGAGAAUGAGGUUUGCCUUGAAGACUAUUUUCGUAUGUAAUGCGUUGUCAUAAGAACUUUUGAAAAUAGUUCCUUUUGGAGUGUACAAAGAAGCGCCCUUUAGUUGCUGCAUGGCUCGGUUACUGCGUCUGCAAAACAAUUCUAAUGAACAUCAAAGUAUUCUAAAAUCAAGGUCACUCUCUUUUUUUUUGUUGAGCCCUCAUGCUAAAAUUAAUGCGUGCAGUUUUCGUGCUGCUUGCCCAUUAUCAGUGUAGCAUAUCAAGUUUCCUGUAUUCUUAGUAAUUAGCCACUAAGAAUAAGCACGUUUAAGAAUUCGUGCUCCGUAAGCCUUCGUUCUUGUUUCGUGUUCAUUAUGUUGGUUACAAUAAAGCCUGUUCCGU